CCGCGGACGGUGAGGCGGGGCCGGUGGCGGUGGCAGCGGCUGUGGGGCUGGUGCUGGGUUGGUCUGUCCUGUCACAGCGAGGUAUGACUCGCCCUCGCGAGAUUUGUCUCCAGGCAGAGCAAGGCCGAGGGUUGGCGUUCGGGGCUUCUCAGGAACCAGUGCCCUGAGGACUUGCGUUGUGCAUGAGGGGUAUGACUGGGAAGCAGUUUUGAGGAUGAGGUGUUUGGCCCAAAGUAAGUCCCCUGACUGUUGCUGCUGCUGAAGUCAACAGUAGAGGUGAUGUCUAAGAGCUCCAUAGUCUCAGGCAUUUACCGUAUGCCCUUUGUUAGCUGGGAUGCCUAUUCAACUGCUGACUCUCUCCAUCUGAGCACUUCCUGGCCUGGGUCCUACUGAAUCCCAUGGGUUUGAGAGUUGGGCUCUCACUGUGGUUCUCUCUUGGGGGAAAGAGGACGUUUAGACAGGUGGCAAGGACCUUGGUGGGUGAAGUUUGCUUUCUUUCUGUGAAUCUGCAGGGAUCUCCGUGCUUGGCAGUACUACUGGACGGUAGUAGUUAAGACCUGAGGGUCAGGCCUGUCUGGACUCAAGGUUCCCUGGGUCCUAACCCUUUUUACCUUUGCUGGUAUUAAGCUGCAUCAGUGCUUCCAGUUCCUCUCCAAGGACCACCCGCAAGAGCUGGAGGAGGGUGGGGAGGCGGAUUGUGAUGCAGCUUCCAGCCUCCUAGGAGUGUCCUACCUCCUCUAGUGCUUGCGUGGUGGGGGAAGGGUCUGAGCUUUAUUCUACUUUUGAGGAAGAGAGAGUCUCUUGACAAACAGCUUUGUAAUCUGGGAGGCCUCAAGUACAGGUGUGUGUGUGUGGAGGGGGGGGAGGUCCUGCAGAGCAGUAGCCGUCUAAAGCACAUCCAGGCAAGCUGGUCAUGUCUGAUGCUGUGCUAUUUAUGUACCGUUUGAUGGCUACGUUUCCCUAAAGAGACUCCAUGCUUCUGGAGGGAGGGAACUGGGGGGUGGUCUUGUCCCUGUUUCCACUUAGCCCAAUGCUAGGCACUUAGCACUUGCUCUUCAGUGCCACGGUCCUUCACUGAGUGUCAGCGCUGUACCAAGUGCCACGCUGGGCUUGCUACCUAUCAGUGAUGGAGGAGGCUAUGGCCGGGUGGUGGCCUGGGGUCUGUCCUCCCCGCUGAAGGGCCCUUCCCUGCAGGUGGCUUCCUGCCUGGCCCAGCGCCAUGCACACGCUUGUGUUCCUGAGCACGCGGCAAGUGCUCCAGUGCCAGCCAGCUGCCUGCCAGGCCCUGCCCCUGCUGCCUCGAGAGCUCUUCCCCCUGCUGUUCAAGGUGGCCUUCAUGGACAAGAAGACUGUUGUGCUUCGAGAGCUGGUGCACACGUGGCCCUUCCCACUGCUCAGCUUCCAGCAGCUGUUGCAGGAAUGUGCCCACUGCAGCCGGGCCUUGCUGCAGGAGCGCCCCAGUACAGAAAGCAUGCAGGCCGUGAUCCUGGGGCUGACGGCCCGGCUCCACACCCCAGAGACAGAGGCUGGUACACAGCCUCUCUGCAGGAAGCAUGCCCUGCGAGUGCUGGACAUGACGGGCCUCCUGGACGAUGGCGUGGAGCAGGACCCUGGCACCAUGAGCAUGUGGGACUGCACAGCAGCGGUGGCCCGCACCUGCAUAGCGCAGCAGCAGGGCGGGACUGCAGAGCCCGGGCUGGCCCCCAUUCCUGUGGAGGUUCGUGUGGACCUGCGGGUGAACCGGGCCUCGUAUGCGUUCCUGCGGGAGGCACUCCGAAGCAGCGUAGGUAGUCCGCUGCGGCUCUGCUGCCGGGACCUGCGGGCUGAGGACCUGCCCAUGCGCAACACUGUGGCUUUGCUGCAGCUGCUGGAUGCGGGCUGCUUGCGCCGUGUGGACCUGCGCUUUAACAACUUGGGUCUCCGUGGCCUGUCUGUUAUCAUCCCACAUGUGGCCCGCUUCCAGCACCUGGCCAGUCUGCGGCUGCAUUAUGUGCACGGGGACUCCAGGCAGCCUUCUGUGGAUGGUGAGGACAACUUCCGUUACUUCCUGGCCCAGAUGGGCCGUUUCACUUGUCUGCGGGAGCUCAGCAUGGGCUCCUCUCUCCUCUCGGGACGGUUGGACCAGCUGCUCAGCACUCUGCAGAGCCCCCUGGAGAGCCUGGAGCUGGCCUUCUGUGCCCUGCUGCCCGAGGAUCUGCGCUUUCUGGCACGGAGCCCCCAUGCUGUCCAUCUCAAGAAGUUGGACCUUAGUGGCAAUGACCUGUCUGGCAGCCAACUAGAGCCUUUCCAGGGUCUGCUCCAGGCAGCUGCGGCCACACUGCUGCACCUGGAGCUGACUGAGUGCCAGCUUGCUGAUACCCAGCUGUUGGCCACGCUCCCUGUGCUGACGCGCUGCAGCAGCCUCCGCUACCUCGGCCUCUAUGGCAACCCGCUGUCCAUGGCGGGCCUCAAGGAGCUCCUCCGGGAUUCAGUGGUGCAGGCUGAGCUACGCACAGUGGUGCACCCCUUCCCUGUGGACUGUUAUGAAGGCCUGCCCUGGCCACCGCCUGCUUCUGUUCUGCUGGAGGCUUCCAUCAACGAGGAGAAGUUUGCUCGUGUGGAGGCCGAGUUGCACCAGCUGCUACUAGCCUCGGGCCGUGCUCAUGUGCUCUGGACCACAGACAUUUAUGGGCGCCUGGCUGCAGACUACUUCAGCCUAUGACCUCCAGGCUGUCCUGGUGUUCAGGGCUGAUGGAGAUCCCUCCCUGCCUUAGGUAGACAGAGCCUUCAUGGGGCCCUGUUGGAGGCCUGACACAGAGGCACUGGUCUCGGGUUUCCUUGCUCCUGGGCAUUUUGAGCCUUCCUAUGCUUUGUGCAGCACCAUGCGCAGUUUGCCCUGUACCCAUUCCCCUGACUGGCUUGGGCUUCAAGGGCUGGAUUCCAGGCCUGCACGGCCAGGUUUGGUUUGGGUGCACUUGGCUACCCUCUGGUGUUGUGGUCCUUUCUUUGGAAUGUUUCUGGGGUCCCAGCUGCGAGCUGAGAGAGGGUGUUCUCUCUAGGCCCUUCCCAAGAGCAGACUGCCCUGGGGUUGAAGUUGGAACAGAGACCUGCUUCAAGGAGAGCUGGGUCUCCCUGCCCCGGCACCCAGGAGACCACCUGGCUGGGCUUUGGAGCCAGAAGGUGUCAUUAAGGUACAAACGUGCAGUGUGUUUGGAACUUAAAUUUGUGGUUGUUUCUUCUGUCCUAAUUGGUCAGAAU